AUGCCUGCCAAGCUCAUUGAUAGAUAUGAUCACGUUCCAGUGACGAAGGAGAACCUUGACUGGGCUGAGCUCGUCACCCUUGACCUCAGCCAAUAUGACCAACCUGGAGGAAAAGAAGACCUUGUGAAGCAAUUGGAUCACGCUGUGCGGCACGUGGGUUUCUUCUAUGUCAAAAACUUCAACAUCAGCCAAGAUGAAAUCGAUCGCCAAUUUGCCCUCGGUCGCGAGUUCUAUGCACUUCCUCUAGAAGAAAAGCUCAAGUACCACAGCGCCUCUGACCUCGAAAAGGGGGAAUAUAACGGAUAUAGACCUGCGGGACACCGGGCUCUUGGAAACGGAGUCAAAGACAAUGUACAGGUUUACAAUAUUCCAAAGUUCGACGGCUAUCACCAACGCCAGCAGCCGCCAAUUCUCGGGGAUCAUCUGGAAGAGAUUGAGGCAUUUAGUCGGAAAUGCCACACAGAAGUAGUAGAGAAGCUUCUCCGUCUGUUCGCCAUCCUCCUUGAACUUCCCGACGAGGACCAACUUGUCAAGGACCAUCAAUACGAUGUGAAAGGCGAGGACCAUCUUCGGUACAUGCACUACGCAGCCCGCGGGGCCGAAGAGAACAAGAUAGUGGGCGGUAUGUACGUACCUGGACAUACGGAUCUGGGGACAGUCACUCUACUCUUUCGCCAACCAGUUGCGGCAUUGCAAAUCCUCAAUUCCCAGGGUCAGUGGAAAUGGGUGCGUCCACAAGAUGGAACCAUCACGGUCAAUACCUGUGAUGCCUUGACUGCUCUUACGGGUGGUCUAAUCAAGUCAAGCAUUCAUCGUGUACAUGUGCCACCAGCUGACCAGGCUCAUGUGGAUCGAUUAGGAGUAUUGUACUUUGCACGGCCGAAUAACCAUGUUGUGCUGGACCCGAUUCAAAACAGCCCCCUGCUCAACCGACUUGGGCUUACGCAGAAUGUCUUCACGGAACUGGGUCAGCAUUUGACCACUGAGCAAUGGGUCAAGGUCAGACAGACUCAGCAGCAAAGACGCACACGGGAUGCGAAGAUUUCAGAGGAUGGGAAGUACACUUAUCAGCCGAAGGAUCUUGAGAUAAUCCCUGGUCUGCACGCCAAGGUAUACAAUUAG